AUGCUCGUCGGCAAACUUAUACCCUUUCUCGGCAUGCUACGUGCUGCAUCCUGCACACCUGUUGAUAGGUUUCUGGACCGCCGUGCUACAGUGGGCCAUGACACUCUGAAACCUCUUCCGCAGCAAGUUCAGGAUAAUUGGAAUGGCCAAGCCAUCGCAAGAUUCAACCCCCUUCUCCAUAUCGCGAGUGGGUGCCAACCAUACACCGCCGUCGACGCGUCAGGCAAUAUCAGGUAUGGGUUUAAAUACAACAACAGAUGGGCAAUCAUGUAUGCAUGGUACUGGCCAAAAGAUCAGACACUCGAUGGUUUAGCCAUCGGCGCGCACAGGCACGACUGGGAACAUAUCGUCGUCUUCCUCAACGACCCCUCCGACCCGAACCCAAAGAUCCUUGGCGGAGGAGCUUCUGGACAUGGCGAAUACAAGACUACAGAUUUCCCGCCGCGCGAGGGUGACAGCGUGAAGGCGGAAUACUACGCUGACUUUCCAACCAACCAUGAGCUGCAGUUCACUGCUAAAGUGGGCAGAACUUAUCCGGUUCUCGAUUGGGAUGCUAUGAGCACAACUAUGCAGAACGCCCUAAGCAAUGCAGACUUCGGAGACGCCGACGUUCCGUUCAUAGGCGGGAGCUUCCUCUCGAACCUUGGCAAGGCUGCAGCUUUCUAG